AUGUCUUCGGAAAGUUGGCCACCACCGCUAAAGUGCGUCUCUUCUGCCAUAUGCGCUGAGCUGAGACAGGUAAUUGCUGACGCAUUCGUGAACAAGACCUUGUGGACCACAGACUGGGGAGGAGUGCAGCUGCAAAGCCUGCUACCGAAGCCGCCUCCCUCCCUCAAUGCCCUCAACAGUCUCAAGCGUAAAUGUGACUGUCUGAGCAGGAACGAAACAAGCCUGUCCACGAACAAGAAAGUCAAGAAAACGACAUUCAAUAAGACAUCGUCGUCGAACACGUUUAAUCCUAAUGACGCGGCUGCACUUAACCGCAGAGCUGCUCGCUUCCAAAGAGAACACGACCUCGAGCGACAGAAAGGCCUUCAUGGUCAGACAGGUCAUGCACAUUCUCCGUACUCUCAUGUCUUUGCAAACCGAUCCGCAACUCCUUCGUUUGACGGGGAUGCCCCAGAAAUGAACACUAAUGUACCGAACUGGGACAAGCACACCAUCGUCGGCACAUCACGAGAAAUCUUCAAGGACUAUCUUCGCCUGACUUCAGAACCCAAACCAGAACAGAUCCGUCCCUACCCUAUCCUUCAGGAGACUCUCGCCCAGCUCAAGAAACGGUGGCGCGAGAAGGCUAACUACAACUGGAUCUGCAGCCAGUUCAAGAGUCUACGACAAGAUCUCACCGUUCAACGAAUUAAGAAUGAGUUCACUGUGACGGUGUAUGAGAUUCAUGCGCGCAUGGCUCUAGAAGUGGGCGACAUGGUCGAAUAUAACCAAUGUCAAGCCAUGCUGCGCAACCUGUAUGAACUCGGCAUACCGGGGAAGGUGGAAGAGUUCACCGCAUACCGCAUUCUGAUGCUGCUCCAUGGGCGCAAUCGAAGUGAUAUGAAUCUAUACGUAGGUCAGCUAACCGACAAACAGAAGGCCGAUCCGGCCGUGCGGCAUGCUUUGGAUGUGCAGAGGGCUUUGGCGAUGGGAAACUAUCACAGGCUAUUCGAUCUCUAUCUGAACGCACCCAACAUGGGCGCAUACAUCAUGGACCACUUCAUUGAUAGGGAGCGUGUACGUGCCCUCAUAGUCAUGACGAAAGCGUAUCGCACAUUGCCCUUGUCAUUCGUCCAGAACGAGCUAGCGUUCGACGGUCUCGCACAGGCUCGCGAAUUCCUUACGGAGCACAGAGCAGGCAUAUUCCAGAAUCCGGAUGCGCCGGACGCAGAGAAGAUCCUAGAUUGCAAACCGGCAGGUGCCCCGCUCGCGCAGGUGCUGGAGGAGAAAUACCGAAAAGUACAGAUCAAGGGCGCUGUAUAA